AUGGAACGAAACCAGAAACGGAAAGACACCAUCGACUGGACGGAGUAUUUCAUGGCGAUGGCUUUUCUGGCGGCAAAGCGGAGUAAAGAUCCAUCUACGCAAGUUGGUGCGUGCAUAGUGAACGAAGAGAAACGCGUGGUCGGAAUCGGCUAUAACGGGUUCCCGACUGGCUGCAGCGAUGACGAGUUCCCGUGGUCGAAAACAGCAAGUGAUCCCCUCGAAACUAAGUAUCUCUACGUUUGCCAUGCUGAAGUUAACGCGAUAUUGAAUAAGAACAGUGCCGAUGUGAAAAAUUGCACGAUGUAUGUGGCCCUUUUCCCUUGCAACGACUGUGCGAAGAUGAUCAUACAAUCUGCGAUCCGCGAGGUUGUGUACAUGAGCGAUAAGCAUGCGCACAAGGAACACACGAUCGCAGCCAAACGAAUGUUUGAUGCCGCAGGUGUGAAGUACACGCAGUAUAAACCUCGCCAUAGUCAAAUUGUUAUCGAUUUUACCGAAAUUGAUUGGGAUAGUUUGAAUCAGCUGCCCGCGACUCCCAUGAAGGAAGGGGAUCUCACGGACGACGUAAACCUGAAGAAAAUUUCUUUAAAAGAAAAAAUCUAG